AUAUACUGCAAAUAUAUUCUUCUUUCUUCUUCAGCUAGAAACUAUACGCCAUUGCAGAGCAUCAUAGAAUUCUACAAUGCAUAAGAGUUCAUCGUCUUCCUCACUGGGUCCGGGCGGGCUGGACCUAAACCAGGCCUUCUUCAAGUCCGUUCAGAACGCGGCGCCGCCGUCUCCCACCAAGCGACACACCAAAAUCUCCGUCAUAGGCGUCGGGAACGUCGGCAUGGCUAUAGCGCAGACGAUCCUCACGCAGGAUCUCGCCGACGAGCUGGCCCUAGUCGACGCCAAGGCCGAUAAGCUCCGCGGAGAAAUGCUCGAUCUCCAGCACGCCGCCGCCUUUCUCCCGCGCACUAAGAUCCACGCCUCCGUCGAUUACUCCAUAACGGCCGGGUCGGAUCUCGUCAUCGUCACGGCGGGUGCCAGACAGAACCCGGGCGAGACCCGCCUGAAUCUCAUCCAGAGGAAUUGUUCGUUGUUUAAAAGCAUCAUUCCGCCGCUGGCUAAAUACUCUCAGUAUGCUAUUCUGCUCAUCGUUUCCAAUCCGGUGGAUGUACUGACCUACAUCGCCUGGAAGCUCUCCGGCUUCCCACCGAAUCGGGUCAUCGGGUCGGGCACCAACCUGGACUCUUCCCGCUUCCGAUCCCUCAUUGCUGAUCACCUUGAUGUCAAUGCUCAGGACGUUCAAGCGUACAUUGUUGGGGAGCACGGUGACAGUUCAGUGGCGCUGUGGUCAAGCAUAAGCAUAGGAGGGGUACCGGUUCUAAGCUUUCUUGAGAGGCAACAGAUUGCGUUUGAGAAGGAAACGCUGGAGAACAUCCACCGAGACGUGGUGCAGAGUGCGUAUGAAGUGAUCAGUCUGAAAGGCUACACCUCUUGGGCAAUUGGCUACUCUGUGGCUAACCUGGCUCGGUCCAUACUUCGUGACCAGAGAAGGAUUCACCCUGUCUCGGUCCUCGCCAAGGGGUUCUAUGGCAUCGAGGGGGGCGAAGUUUUCUUGAGCUUGCCAUCGCAGCUCGGGAGAUGGGGCGUGUUGGGCGUUACCAACGUGCACCUUACUGAGGAGGAAGAGCAGAAGCUUAGGGAGUCUGCUAAGACCAUAUUGGAGGUCCAAAGCCAGUUGGAAAUUUGAUCAUAGGAUGAGCCCAUGCCAUGAUAUAUUACACAUAAGUGUGGUUAUUGUGUUUUAUACUUCUAAGUUUAUUGUUGUUGGAUCUGUGGGGCUUUUCACUUUUGUCUAACUUAUCCAUGCUCUGUAUUCCACUAUUUUGUAUCUUUGUUGAAGAGAGUUGGUGAAUGCAAAUCUUAUGUAACAAAUUAUUAAUGAGAAAAGUUUAAUUUAAGUUAUUUUUACUAGAA